CAAACAAACUGUUUCCUGGUCACCAGAGUAUAAAUGGCAGCACCUCCAGUCAGUGAAGUCAUUCUCCUCACAGGAAAGACACCGACUCCUCAGACGCUAUGUGGACCUUCAUCGUGGUUGCAGUCCUUCUGACCGCUGGACUCGCAGCGCAGGAUUAUGGCAAUAGAUUGAGAGGCAUUCUGCGUCAUGCAUGUCCAGACAAACACGCCGUGUCCCAGAUCAAUAGCUCCUACAGUGCCACUGACCAAGAUCGCCAAUGGAAGUUUGAGUGCAAGGCUUUGGGUUCCACCUCAGACUGCUCCUGGUCCACCUCCCAGGACUCGUAUGACACAGAACUCCGCUACCAUUGUCCGGUUAAUCGUGUAGUUGCUGGCGUCUUCAGCGAUUUCGACAUGGCACAAGGAGCCAGAAGUUGGAAGUUCCUCUGCUGCUCCGUUCCAAACUUUGUGACUUCUGAAUGUCGUAAAUCUCCACUGGUGAACUACUGGAGCAAAGACUUCACCUGGAGACUCCCUGCAGGCCACUUCCUGACAGGAGUCCAGACCCAACUCAAGAACCGGGACACUGGUGAUCAUCGGUGGAGUUUCAAUUACUGCAAAGGAAAAACACAAGAUACACAGACAGUCAAUUCACAAAUCCUCAGAGCAAACAAACCAGUAGCCAACCUUGUAGUGGAAGGAGAUGUUAUCGUCUCUAAUACAAGGAAUGCAAGAAUCUGCAGUGACUGCAGAUGGGAAAAGUUACAAGCGACAGUCCAAGUGCCAUUUAUCGUGAGUGAUUCCUUUACCAGCGCUGAGAAGGACCAGAUUGCCAAAGCAAUCAGUGCCUUCCACAUGAGCACCUGCAUCCGGUUUGUUGCCCACACGAACCAGCCCGACUACAUUAGCAUUGUGAAGAAAAGCGGCUGUUGGUCCUGGGUUGGACGAAUUGGAAUGUCUCAAGAGGUGUCGCUGGGUGCAGGGUGCCUUCAAAGUGGUAUUAUCCAGCAUGAGCUCAUCCACGCACUCGGCUUCUGGCACGAGCAGAGUAGAAGUGACCGAGACGCUUUCGUCAAGAUCAACUUAGCAAACAUCCAGGACGGACAAGAGAGAAACUUUGACCGAUUGGACACAAACAACCUAAAUGUCCCAUAUGACUACUCGUCUUUAAUGCACUACGCACCCAGAGACUUCUCAAAGAACGGGGAAGAUACCAUCGUUGCCCUCGACCCCUCAGCACAAAUAGGCCAGAGGGAAGGCAUGUCGGAGAAGGACAUUCUGAAGAUCAACAAGCUGUAUGUCUGCACGGAUUACCUUCAUGCGUACAACGAGUGGGACAACGUGUUGGAGAACACUUUGAGCCGCACUUGUCCUACUGGCCAAGCUGUAUCUGGCAUCACAAGUCUCUACAAUUCAGAGAAGAACGAUCGACUUUGGGCGUUUUCAUGUAAGGCUCUCAAUCGUCAAACCACAUGCCAGUGGUCAAGUUCUCUCAACAACUAUUGGGAACCAUUUAACUUCAACUGUGGAGGCGGUAAAGUGAUCAGUGGGGCCUACGCUGAACACAGCCGCCUCUUCAAGGACAGGAGAUGGAGGUUUCAGUGCUGCAGCUCUCCUGGUUUUACCACAUCCAACUGCUACACAGAGACACACAUCAACUACUUUCAGGAAUACUUCAGCUGGACGGUCCCCAGCGACCACUUCCUGACCGGAGUUCAGAGCUCCUUUGACCGGCCCAGUGGUGACCGUCAGUGGAGUGUGACCUACUGCCAGGGGAACGGCCAGUGAAGCAGGACAAGAUGUGGUGCUUCUUCACAACAAUUCACCAAAUCCAUCGUUGCUGAUUCAGACCGUCUGAAUGUACAUUUGGGGAAUGUUCUCCCUCAGUGUGGAUGUUAACUGUGCUCAUGCUCUCAUGCUCUGCAUGAUACGUGAUGUUUAGUUCAAGUACCAGAUGAAGAUCUUCAAACGGUUCCAUGGCCUGAAGAGAUGAACUGGUCUCAGAGCUGCUCCUGUGAUGCUUUUGUGGACCAGCUGUUCUCACACAGUGUUGAAGAUCUGUGUGUGUUUAACACAGCUGGUGGAUGUUUCUUAUGCAACCCUUCUCUCUCUCUCUGGUGUCCAUCCGGUUUGGGACACUAAAUGUCUGCCAGAUAUCGUAAUGUAAUGAAUUCCUGAUUCUAAUUAGAUAAUUAGGUCAUAGUUUUUAAGGUGAAUCGUGAUGCAAGGUGUAACCUCCAAAGUGUUAAUUUAUAUAUUUGUAUGUAUUUGUACAUAUAGAACAUUCUUUUGUGUAGUUAAAUGCAACUUACUGUGUUGUAAUUGAUGUACACCAAGUGUACAAGUGUCACUGUUCUCGUCUGUAAAUAAAGUUAUUAUGACUCAACA